AUGCUGACUGAUUCCCUGAGGCAUUACAAGCUCAUUGACGCUGCUUCCUCCCUCUCCCUCUCCCUGUUCCCACCAAUCAAGAAUCGCAAAACACAGAUAAAUAUUGAUCCCAAGAAACCCAUCAAGAAUCAUCAUCAUCGGGAUUUUGAUGAGCUUAUUGACGCUGCUUCCUCCCUCUCUCUCUCCCUGCACCCAACCAAACCCAAAAGAUUGAUAACUAUCGGUCCCAAGAAACCAGUAGAGGAGGAGGACGUGGGAGUCAUCGCCAAGAAACAGAAGGUGGUGGAUAAUCAUCAUCAACACUGGAUGCAUAAGCGCCUAAGUACAAGUGAUGUGAACCUUUCAUCAAGGCUGUUGCUACCCAAAGAGGAAAUUACAAAAUACGUAUUGCCUCUCAUGGAUAUGGAGAGCUGUAAAGCUUGUCAAAACAGGAAUGGGUUGAGAGUCAAAAUAUGGGAUUUGGACACUGAGUCACAGCAUCAACUCACCCUCAAGCAAUGGAAGACGGGUAGCUUUCUUCUCACCAACAACUGGAAUACAGAGUUUGUAAAAAGGAGGAGUUUACACCCUGGUGACACUAUUUCCUUGUGUUGGGACUUUGAGAAUCUAAGGUUCUUGUUCCACAAGUUCAAUGCCCAAUCUUAG